GUGGCAUCAUCUAACGAGCCCUUCUCCCUUUCCUCUCCUCUACCCUCCCCCUCCUCCACCUCUACUCCGCUUCCACCAUGUCCAAGUCUUUCAUGUCCGGCCAGCGGCCCACCGCCCAUUUCAUUCCCGACAUCGAGGCCUACAUGUCCGGCAAGCAGACCGAGCCGACCGUGCGCGCUCUCGAGGGCCAGUACACCAAGUUCCGCUUCAUGGAGAAGGCGCUGCUGCAGCGCAAGAGCGGCCUGGCCGGGCGUCUGCCCGAGCUGAACAAGGCCCUGUCGGCGCUGGUGCUGCUGGCGCGCGCGGCCGACCCCGAUGUGGACCUCGUCGCCGAGGGCCUGGCCGACGCCGACAUGCCGGAGGCCAGCUCCCAGGUGACCCCCCCGGGCGCGGAGACCGGGCACUUCGACAUGCGCUUCGAGCUGGCCGAGACCCUGUAUGCCGAGGGUCGCAUCAAGACCGGCGCCGCCUUCGACACGGUGCACCUGUGGAUCGGGUCCAAUGUCAUGGUGGCCUACCCGCCGAAGGAGGCCCUCGGCGUGCUGCGCCGCAACCGCGACCAGACCCUCACCAUGAUGGAUGGCAUUGAUGAUGACAUUGCUCACAUCCGCGAGCAGAUCAACAUUCUGCAGGUCAACGUCGCACGUAUCCACAACUGGGAUGUCAAGCGCCGCGCUGCCCUCCGCCAGCAGGCCGCCAAGUAAGCCCCGCGUCCAUGGGCCCUGGAGGACCCCUCGCCGGCAUUCUGUGCUCGGCCAGGGGCGAUCAGCCUGCGCGCACACACACCGACAUACCGACACCUCCCCUCUCCCGCGCGCGACUUUUUUUUCGAGAUCGCGCGGCGACCUUGCCAGGAGCCAUCUCCCGGCCUCGCAUCAUGAUCUCCCUCUCUCUCUCUCUAUGCAUAAAACAAUACAACACCCCCCCCUCA